UCAACAAAUGUCGGCACUGCACUUCUGUGUUAGGUUUCGUUUGGACUUGAAUUUUUAUCCCAAAUCGUGUAAGUGCUUACCUCAUUUUGAAAUUUUGGCAUCCUUUUUGGUUGUAUUGCAACGAGAUUCGCUUCGAAUUAAGUUACUGCAUAUGGCCAUCCCAGAUGGAACCCGCUCGAAUCUUGUUAUUGGCGCUGUUGUUGUUGGAGCUCUGUUUUUGCUCGGAGCCGCCGUCUUGGUUGGCUUUACUGUUCACUACCUCGGGUCAUGUGUGGUUGGGUGGAGUUUUGGGGUGCCGGGCUCUUCCUGCUGCCAGCCUGUGGGAUCGGCGGAUUUUGGAUUGCCAAACAGUUGCAUGAUAACCGCUCAAUAUCGGCUGCAGCCAGGAGGAGCGCGCAAUACGAAAUGGACCGUCGAGACCCCUCUAAUCGACCCAGAAAUUGAUAAUCCUCGUGGACUGGCGGUGCAUCCAGGGAAACUUUUGUUGUUCUUCGCUCAAUGGGGAUCACAGCCGAAGAUCGAGCGUUCAUGGCUGGAUGACAGUGCAAUGAAAAAUAGUUACGAAGACGUGGAAUUAUGUGUAAAGACGAACGCAUGCUUCGUGGGUGAGCGAAUGUGCGCCAGUAAGAUGGAAUGCAUCCCGCAGAAAGAAUGGUGCGACGGGAAACACGACUGCAGAGACAGGUCCGACGAGGAGAACGAUGAGUGUCGCUUGACAACGCCCCUUCCGCCUUGCCACGGAAAUGAAUUUCGCUGUGGUAAUGGGCGUUGUAUACCAGGAGCAUGGGUGUGCGACGGGACCAAGGACUGCGACGAUGGUACGGCUGAAACCCUGGCGGACUGGUGUGUCAACAAGAAAAUCGACAAAACUGGAGGUGGCUAUAUGGCCGAGCCUGGGACGGCAGAAAUCUCUACAACUGCUAGCUCAGCGCAGUGUCCGAAUACCGAUUUCGCUUGCAGCAAUGGAGAGUGCAUCCCCAGGUCGUGGCGGUGUGAUCAGGGCGUUGAUUGCGCUGAUGGCAGUGAUGAACACAACUGUCCGGGUGCGUGGACGCUGCCUCCCGCAGCUCUCCAUGCCGUGUCGGCGUUGACAUGCGCUCACGACCAGUUCCAUUGUGAUGCCCCAAACGGGACCGCAAUGUGCCUGCCGUUGGGUAAGGUUUGCGAUCAUCGUAAUGACUGUAAAAACGGAACGGACGAGGGCUUUGGUUGCAAGCUGGCGGAAAAGGAGUGCGAGAAGAACAACGGACAAUAAGUGUAACCUUACUCCGCCGGGUCGGAAAUGUUCUUGUCCUCACGGGUACGUUCUGUCUCCCAACGGAAGGGCUUGCGCUGAUGUCGAUGAAUGUGCAACAAGCUCACAACUUGGAGGCCCUUGCAGUCAACUGUGCAUCAAUCUGAAAGGCACAUACAAAUGUCACUGCGCUCCCGGUUUCC